CAUUGCUAAAAGUAAGUUGACAUGAGCUUAGAUGAAUACCCACUAUGACACGUACCUCCCUCUACUCAGAACCAGAGCAGUCACUGCUGUACCUGAUCAAGACACUGAGCAGCACUGGGAAUUUUUUUUCUGGCAGAGCAUUCCAUGUGGUCAUGAGAUGGGCAUAUCACCUUUUUGUGUUUUGGGGCAUCCAAAAUUGAAGAUUUCAGAAUGAGACAUCAAUCUAUGUCACAUAUUACAUAAAAAUGUCAAAGCAAUUUUAUUUCUUUAAAAAAGCAGCACGGAAUAGACUGGAAGAUAAUACAUUUUGGACAUUGUGGGAACUUGUAGAGUCCUGGACUCAAAAUGAUUGGUUGGCAAUCUUUUUUAUAAUUUUCCUAGGGAUUAUUUUUGAGAUCAUACUCAUAAAGAUUUGUACAUCCUUUAAUAAGAAGCCUGCACUUACAGAAAAGGGUAGUUCAAGUGCUCAGGAGAAGGAAAACAAUUGCCUGAAAAGUGUGAAAUUUGAUAACUGGCCAAUUCCUUCAUCUUCAGAAGAAAGAGUUGAUGACUUUUCAGAAAGAACAAUUGCUUCAUCACUUACUUCUGAAGAAAAUGAAAGUAACUUUGAAGAUAGAGUUCUACUGGCAGAUGAAGUAAUAUGGUUGAGUACCAGUGAAAGUAAAUAUCAAGUAAGUCACUUUAGUGAAAGUCAUAUAACGUCUUCAAAUGGGACUAGCUCAUCUUUGUCACUGUUUCAUUCAGAAGUAAAGGAAUUUUUUCCAAGCCAUGGAGGGUAUCCAGAAAAUGAACAUGAAACAAUACAAUUUUCAUCAAAGAAAUUAUUUUCAAUAUUGAAAACCAACAAAAAUAAAAAUUUGAUAUUUUCUUCCGACUUUAACUUUUCAAGAAAUUCUAGAAGAUCUAUAGAAAGUGAAGAUCUCAAUGUGGCACCAUGCCCUCCUGCCCACUUAUUUCUUUCCAGAGACCAAGUCAGAAUUCUGGAAGAAAAUGUGAGAAAUCAAGUUGCUUUAAAAUCCAAAACUACAUCAGAGAGUAAAACUACUUAUCUGUGCUCAAGAUUUCAAGAGUCCCCAAUUCAGAAUCAACAUUCUGUUACAAUGGAUAUUUCUGCCCAAGCACAAGAUUCUCUUCCAGGACAAAAUGCUAUUCAGAAUCAAGGUUUUUAUGAAGCCAGAUUUACUAGUCAAGUCCAACAAUUUGUUAACAACCAAGAAUCAGUCAAUAGCCAGCCUGAUAUCAUGGUCUUUGCUCUGCCUCGAGAUCUGACAAGGAAGCCAUUUUGUAGCAGCACACAAGAAUCCUUCCAGACCCAAGAAAAGGACAGAAGCCAACAUUUGGUGAAUGUGUCAUAUUCUGUUGAGACUCAAGAUUCAAUCAAGGGCCUAGAGUCUGAUAAAAACCAGUUCGAUGAGGCCCAAUAUUCUUUUUGCUUUGAAGAUUCAAACAAGAGUAAACAUUUAAUAGAGGGGCAAAAUGCUAUUUUUAAGAAUUCCAGAUGUCUAGUUUUAACUGUAAGUCCAAAUGCACUUGCAGAAGGGAUGCUACAAAUAGAGAGUGUAAAACCAGAGGGCCAGAAACAAAUCACUUCAUCAGAAUUAAAUCAGUAUUUUACAUAUGGCUCAGGGCCUCUUUCACGUACUCUUUUUAAAAGGCAGAAAAACAGGAGAAAAACAUUACAUAGUAAAAGUAAAUUUAGUCUCAUAGUUCUAUCUCAAAAGUCAAAGAAAACGCAAGUUCCACUGGUAUUUCAAAUCACAGUAUGUCACACUUCAAAACCCAGCAAGUUAGGAUGCAAGUAUAAUGCUAAGAAAGAAUUACAUCAAAGGAAAAGUAUACCAGAUACAGCUUUGCAUCUUACUUAUGUUUCCAAGCCUGUCCCUCCUUAUAUUAAGAAGUAUUCCAGAAAAGAACUAGUGAAAGUCAUGCCAGGUGUAACAGGAUGUAGACAUUCUCUGUCACUUGAUGCAGAGAAUGUCAAUGAUGCUGGGUCUACAGAGAAAAGAAGAACCUCAGGCAGGACUGGAGAUAUAAAGCAGCAUGGCAGAGAAAAUGAAGGACAAAAAACCAUUUCACUGAAAACCUCGCCUCAGCUAGAACAGUCUUUUAACAAUAUUUUUCAGCUAAAAUCACCUUGUUUUUCACUAAUAGAAAUGAACUGGAAGAAUAAAGAGUCUCUUAAAGGCCCAAUUACACAAGCAAAGGGAAUUGGUAUUGCAGAGUUUCAUGCCCCAAAUAGUAAAAAAACAUCUGACCUGCAUAUUCCAAAGCAGGAGGCACCUUUAGAAGACAUUAUAUCAGAACCUUGGCAAAAAUUUGUCUCCUCUCCUAAAGUGGAAUCGAACAGGAGGAUGAAAAUACAGGAAGACCUCAGAAGUACAGAGAAUUCCCAUCUUCCACUUUUAGGUGGAAAGAAAUUACCAACUAGUUCACCAGAAACGCGAAGGUACUUUCCAGAUGGAAGUACACAAAAGCAAGAAGAUUUUCUAGAAAUUGUUCUGGAGACUUCAGAGGUUAAUCUGUUCAUUUCACUAGGAAUCAAAGAGUAUAAAGACAGUGAACAAUUGGCAAGUAUAAAAACUCAAAAGAGUACAGAAGAUGUAAUUAUGAAGGAAAAGAAACCACCAGUAACACUUCAUGCUACAGAAGGUGAUAACCCAAGUGAUAGCGAGGGACUGGAAUACAACAGUAGAAGCAACGUAAAAAAUAUGCAAGGGGAAAGGAAUAUUUGUACAUUUCUUGAUGCCACUAACACCAACGUUUCUGAACCACUUGAUAUGAAAAUGCAUAGCAGAUUAAAAGCCAAGACAGAUAAAACAACAACAGGGUCUAGCCAUUCAGUGGUAAAGCUGAAGAAAUUACCAGAUGAAAAGAAAAUACGGGAUGCAAAAUACAUCGAGAAGAGAUGUAUAUUUAAAAAGCCACAAGAACGUGUCAGAGAGGAAGAGGAACAAAUUUUAGAAGAAGGAGUUCCACAGCUGCCACAAGAUUUCAGGCUUAGCUUGCAACUAAAGCAGAAGCCCAAAUAUCUCAGGUUUGAUAUAAAACAGAGCAGUCCAGGAAGUGGGGAAACUCAAAAUAAAGAGCAAGAAGUACAACCACAAACUCUUCCUACAGAAACAGUUUUGGUGACUAGUCCAUGCCCCACAAUGGAUCCAUUUCAAGUUGAGGUAAAGCAAAGCGCAGAGAGACUUACAGGCAGAGAAACUACAGAUCCAGAGAAUCCUCUUACAGUUCUAGAGAAUUCACGAGUUGGUGAAGUUUUAAUUGAAACAAGAGAAUGUGGUAUCCCAUUUGGUGGAAGCCCCAGAAAGACAAUGGAUGAUCAUAUUGCAGAAGAAAAGACAGACCUCAAAAGAGUUUUAUCUGCAAUUGCCUUGGGGUCUUUCAUUAUCCAUAUGCUUCCUUUAUCAUAUUUUAAAAGGCAGAAAAUAAGAAAAAAAUUAUCAGGAGCCAAAAGGCUACUCAGCCCCAAGUCUGUAAUUAGGAAAGUAAAGAAGUCGACAAACUUACUGAUGCUUAGUAUCAAUAGGCAUGGUACUGCAAGUCUUAGGAAAAGAUUGAGAGCCAAUUUUAAAAUCCUGAUUAAACAGAUGCUGCAAGAUAAAAUUGUGGCAGAUGUGCUUGUGAAUGUUACUUACACUCACAUGUUUAUUUUGUCUCAUAGUAGAACACACAGCAGAUUAAAUGCAGAGAACUGCAGUCAGACAGAGCUAAAACAAGAGAAAUCCAAAGAUGAAAAGGAAAAAAAGUAUUCUAUUAAUAAAAGCAGUUAUUCUCGAUACACACUAGAAGAAGUUAAAUUGCAAGAUGAAGUGAGAGGAGAUGAAGCUCCACCAGAAGCAGUCCUUCAUGACAGCUGGAACCUUAGAAUGGAUGCAAAUCCAGAGAAGGAGCUCAAAAUGGAAGAAGUACCUCAAACAAUUACAUCCAGAGAAAGCCUUAUGGAGUCUGUUUCAUAUACACUUGAUGGCACACAGAACAAGGGACUGCAAUGCAGUUUUAAAAUGAAGAUGAAAAAUGUAAGAGAUAAGAAAGAGGAGGAAGGGAAACAUGAAACUUUACCAGCUCCAGAGAAUAGCCAACGCUUCAUAUUCAAUGCAUAUCAGAAUUGUGGCUUCAUCAAGUCUGAUGAAGAACUGAAAGAAACACAAAGUAUAAAUAUUCAGGUACAACCACAAACACAUGAUAAACAAACUAUCUUAGGUUCUACUUCAUGCCCUGUAUUGGAUCAGUUUCAAUUUGGAAAUCUAGAGAGUUAUGCUAGGUUUUCACCUCCAAAGUCAGGGGAAGGAAAGAUUGAUGAAAUCAUUUUUUCUACAAGAGAAUACAGUGUCCCAUCUGAUUCAAAUCAUCAAAAGGAACAGGCUGGUGGUACUGAAAAGAAAGACACAGUGACUUUUAAUUUCUGCAUACCUGCUUUAUCUACGCUCAAAAGGAAGAGAAAUUUUAAAAAAUAUUCAGACACGAAAACUUUAGUGAAUCUCAAAUGUGGAAUUUUAAAAGCAAAGAAACCACCAGUUUCAUACAUAUUCAGUAUCAAGGGUGGUGUUAGCCCAAACCAUAGAAAAGAAUUGGGGUGUAACUCUACAACCAAAAUGAUAGAGGUGGAUCAGAGUGAAAAGAUGGAAGCUAAAACGUAUUCUUCCGUGACUAUUACUACACCUAACCUUAAUAUGUAUAGCAAGAUAGAAAGAGAAAAAGGUAUGUUAGGAGAAACAAGUCUCAGUUCUAAACAAGUAAAGCAAGCAAUACCACCAAAUGAAGGAAAGAUUAUCUCAGAUGACACCAAAAAGAACAGCCUUCAAGAUGAAGAGAAAGUAAAAAAAAAACAGGAGACAUUAAAAGUAAUUCCACAGCACAGCCAACACUUCAAAUUUCAUUCAGGCCAAAGGAAGGAGCUUGACCUUCAUCAAUCAGAAGGCCAAGGAAGUGUUAUUGAACAAGACAUCUCACACCGAAUGCAGCCUACAGAUUCAAUGCAGGGAGAGAAGCCAAAGAAAAGCCACCAGACACAAAAUGGUGCAAUAUAUACAGCAAGUUCAAAGCUUCCUCUUCUAAAAUCAAAGGAAUCACUAAUUGGUGAAAUUUUAAUGGAUACAAUGAUGGUUAGUGUCCUAACUGUUGGGAGCCACAAGGGGAAAUUAUACAGUCAUGGUAAAGAGGAAAAUGCAGGGUUAAAAAAUCUACAAGCAACUGUUUUGGAGUCUUUGGAUCUAGGAAAAUCACCAGGUGAUGGGGAAGUGUGGAAGGCUGACUCAAUUGAUACACAAAACAGAUCAAGCAACACAAUAAAAAGGAAUGUGCAACAUAAAAAGGAAGAGGAAAAUAUCCAAAAAAUGUUAUCGGAAUCAGUUCCAGACUAUAACCAACACUUUAGUUUCAGUGCCUAUCAUAUGAAAAAUCCUGGUUCUUACCAAUCUGAGUCUGAACUCAAUAAUUCAGAAGUCAGAAACUCUUGGAAUUUGUCUUAUACAGCACAAAAGAUGAGGCAAGAAAAAUGCUUUAGAGAAACUAUUUUGGAGCCUGUUUCUAGACAUGUAAUGAAUUUUCUUCAGGUUGAAACAGUGAAAAGUCAUCAUGCUCAAGAAGAAAUUAAAUGCAUGGAAGGUGUAAAGACUCCAUUUCCAAAAGUGAGGAAAUCAAAGACUGGUUCAAUACAAUGUGGUGCUCGCUGGGAUAGAAACCCUAGGAGAAAAUGGGACAGUUCUAUUUUUGAAAGAAAGGCAUGGAAUCAAAAUGACUUGGUAAGAAUGGUCUUAAAACCUUCCAAUUUUUCCAGCUUUGAUUCAUCCGAACCUAAAAACCAGCGCUAUACUUUAGAGUUUGAAGGCAAUAAAACUAUAAUAAAUCCCAAGUAUGUAACUCUGAAGGCAAAGAAACAGCCAGUUUUACAGUUGCUUGAUAUCACAAGGUGUUUUACAGGAAGCCAUAGAAAGACAAUGGGGUGCAAAUUCCAAUACAAGAUGAAAAAGAGGCAGUGGUUUGAAAGUGUGAGCGAGGCAUCACUCCUUGCUGAAGGGACUGAGAUUCCACCACCCAAGUUAGUGACUGAUAAACACUCCUUCAGUGCAACAGCAAGGGACACUCUGUAUAACAGACCACUUCACAGAAAUUUGCAUGGUCAUAUCACAAAGGAAAAGGCAGAGUUAAGGGAAAAUUCAGCCACAACUUUCCAGGGGCCUUUAGAUUUCUUUAUGCCGAUCUUAUCAGAUUCUGAAAGCCAGAUAAACACAGUACAAUUAUUGGAAGAGAAAAUCACACUGAAUCUCAAGUGUUUAACUAUGAAGGAAAGAGAUCCAGUAAAUUCACAAAUUCUUAAAAUCAGAGGGCGGUUUACCACAAAACGCAGAAAAAAACUUGGAUCCAAUUUAAAAGCCAAAAUGCAACAGAUGAGUCAAAGUAAAAAUGUGGCUGAUACAUUUCCAAAUACCGGUUACUUCACACCAGAUACCUCUGACAUUAAAAGGCAAAGCAGACUCAAAAUAGGGAUGGACAGAGUAUCAAGGUUUAGUGGUGUACAACCAACACAAAUGGAGUUGCCAGUUGAAGGGCUAGAAAAAAAGAUAGAAAGAAAGAGAGAGAAAACUGUAUUAAAUGUGGACCUAAAAUUUAUGUAUGAUUCUAUGCCUAUUUUGUCACACACAAAAAUGGAGGAAUCCCCUGGUACCUGGGGUAUCUAUGAAGAGUCUUCUGAAAAGAGAAAUACCCUAAGCAAAGCAAAUGCUAGUUCUGCUUAUGCCUGCACACCUAUGCAUCCCAAAAUCAUAAAACAUAAAGCUAAGGUAAAGACAGCAGAUGUGGAAAACACUUUGCAUACCAGUCGGGUGACAUUGAAGGCAAAGAGGCCACCUGUCUCCAAGCUGUUUGAUUCUGUUACUACCAGAUAUGGAACCAGAAGGAACAAAAUGGAACUGAGAUGUUACAUUAAGGCACAGAAGGAGUUCCAGCAAUAUAAAACUGUAACAGAUUUAUUUCUGAACACUAUUUAUGGCUCUGGAUCUGUUUCAUCUCAAAUCAAACAAUUUACAGAAGUAAAAGGGGAGAAAGACAGGUCAGGAAAGCCCAUGUACAUUACUCCACAGCUAGAACUGGAGAAAUCACUAAACAAAAGAAAAAUAUCAUCUUCAGGGUCCACUGAUAUUAAGAGUGCUAUAUCAAGAAAUAUCAAAAUACUGAAACAAUGCAUUAGAGAGGAGAAAGAAAACUGCCAAACUGUCUUACGAGACAUUCUCCCGCAAUGUAGAGAUCAGUUAGCGAUUACCCAACAAGUGAAGAAGGAGCUUGAUCAUGUGAAAAUAGGAGUUGCUUUGAAAAGAGAAGUGUACCCUGAUCUAGCUUCCCCGAAGAGGGAAAUCAGUUACACUAGGUUCAACAUCCCAAGAAUUAGAACACAUACAGACUGUGAAUUCUUUGUUGCACAAAGAGUAAAGCACAAAGAUGCAGACAUUGUCAAACAUUCAGUUUCAAUUCCAUGGGAGAGAGGAGUAUCGGAGAAAACCAAUGUCUCAUUAAUUUCAAAAGGACAUAAUAUAUAUCUUACAGAGUUGGAUGCUUUUCGACAGAGGACUCACAAGGAGCAAGAAUUGUGGAAACGAGAAAGUAUUUCAAGGACAAUUCGGGGAUCUAUUGUCUACCCCAUUAUGGAACCUUCUCAUUUGAAAAUGACAGGAAAGGUAGCUGAGGAAGAUAUGUACAUUAACAAAAAAAAUAUUUCACAUCUAUUGAGAAGAGAAGAUAUAGAAGAAACCAAUAUCUUACAAGGUUCAAAAGGACACAAGUUUCUUUGUACUAAUCUGGUGGUCCAGCAAAAUAUGUCUGCAGUGCAGAAAGGAGAGGCAAAGCCAGAUGACAUUCCUGAAAGUAUUGUGGAUUCUGUGUCUCACCCAAAUAGGGAACAUCUUCAGGUAACACAACCAGUACAUACAAAGAAGGAAGAUGUAAGCAUUCCUAUGAGGUUACCUGUAAAUCCAUGGAGAAAAGAGCAAUCAAAGUUAACUGAUAUUCCAUUAAGAUUAAAUAGACCGAAAAUAAUUUUUCCAGAAAAACUAAGGGUGAAGCAACCACAUAGUUCUACCCAGGAUAAAGGAGAUAUUCUGGAAUCCAUUUCUUCUUGCAUAUUGCAUCAAUUCCAUAAUGAAAAGCUAAAGGAAAAAGUAUCAAUGGAAAGAAUGAGCUCAAAAGUUUUGAGUUCAGUGGUAGACAAAGCAUCAAAUGAAGCAGAUACUCUAGGAGAUCCACCUUAUAUUAACUUGUAUAAUAGAAAAAGAAAAGAACAUCAAAAAGAAAGUACAUGCAAGGUUCUUCCAAUGUCUGUUUCUCAUUCCUCAAUGGAUGUACUUCAGAUUAAGUUGCCAUGUGUAAAAAAAAUAUUAAAGCCUCCAGCAUACCACACUUCAAAUACAAAAGGAAUUGGUUUGCUUGUUGAGGAAAAAGAGCAUCCAGAAUGUAUACAUCAGAUUUCUCCAAAGUCUGCUCCUCACUCUUUGAGGGAUGUAUUUCAGAGUAAGAUACCACGGGAAAAGAAGGCAUCAGAAGUUGUUAGCAUUGUGGAUUACGUUCCAAGUACAGAAAAAAUUGGCCCACCCAUUACAGGAAAAGAAAGCAAGGUGCAGACAGGUAAAGGUAAAUCAGGUAUGAAACUGACAAGUUUGUGUACUUCCUUACCAUCUCUGUCACACACUAAUAUGAAUUCAAGAGCAAAAGUAGGACAAGAUAAGUCAGGAAUACUCAGGAGCUGCCUUCUACCACUAACGCUCCAGGUAUCACCAAAUGUCAGGAAAAUAUCAUUUGCAGAGUCAAUUAAUAGAGACAGUUUAAGCAACAUACAAGAAUCAGAACAUUUGCCACAGGAAAAAAAAGAUGGAGAAAAUGUAGUACAUGUGAAAGACAUAAUGGGCCUCCAGCGUGUCACUUUCAAAGGACAGAAAACAGCUUUUAAACACACACUGCAUGGAAAUGAACCACAAUGGAAUAACAAAGAACAGGAGAAAAUGAGGCAGAAAGAUAGUGAUCUCGACAUAGUCAAGAAUAAACAUUAUGCUUCCAUCCCUUCUCCACCUCACGUGGAAUGGGACCCUGAGAUAAAAGAGGUACUCAUGCGAGGAAUCACAGGAUUUUGUCUUCCAUCACUGACACUUCAAGAAUUAUCGAAUGCAAUGGGAAUAUGUGAGGAACCAAUUGAUGAUAUUUUAAGCAGUAUAAAAAAGGCAAAGUAUAUGCCACAGAAAGGUAGAGUGGAAGUGGCUUUGGAAGAAAUAAGGCACCCCAAAAUAAUAGUUCUGAAGGCAAAACAGACUCCAGUUGCACAGGAAUUACAGUUGAACAUCAAAGAAAAAGAGAAAAAGCUGCAAGAAAAUAAAGAUAAACAAGUUGGGAUGUGGAGCGAAUCUUCUGUUUCCAUCUCCUUUCCACCUUACUCAGAAGUGGACACAAGAGUAAAAGGGGAAGAAGCCAUGCUAAUAAAAACAAGAUCCUCUUUCCUACAAACAAAAUUCCAGGAGUCAUCAGAUACAGGAAAAAUAGCAUAUAGACAGUCUAUUAAUGGUGAUGCCUCAACCAGUAUAAAAAAAUCCAAGGAAUAUAUAAUACAGGAAGAAGAGGAAAGAGUAAAAAUGGUACAAGUCGUACCUUUGAGGAAAAAGAAAUCACCAAUUUUACAGGAAACCCAGCUGGACAGCAAAGAGCAAGAAAAAAAGAUACAAAAAAUGAAAGGUGAGUCAAGUAUCUUUGUGACCAAUACCAGUACUUGCACACUUGCUCCUUUUUAUGUACAAUUGGAUACAAGAAUAAAAAAAGCAGACUAUGUGACUGAAGUUACAAGAUACUCUCUUCCAGAACUAUCACAGCAGAAAUCAUCAGAUGCAAUGAAAAAAGCAAGUAAAGAGUCCACUGAUGGUGAUAUCAGAAGUGAUGUGCAAGAAGCAAAAGAAUAUGCACUGCAGAAAGAAGAGACUAAUGUAGAGAAAUCAGCCAAGAGAGACAUGAUGCAGCCAAAAGAUGAAGAUUUGGAAAGAAAGCAAGCAGUUUUACAGGACAUACCAUUGAAUCUUAAAGAGCAGGUGAUAGUGGAUCCAAAAGGUGAAGAUCAAGGGAAAAUGGAUGGUGGAGGUAAGGGUAAACAGGAAGUAGUUCUGUCCUCAAAUUGGGCUUCUGAAUCUUCUCUAACUUACCAUGAAUUGAACACAAGUAUAGAAGGAGAAGAAGACAUACAAGGAAUAACAAAAUCUGCUGUUUCACUACUACAGCUACAGAAAUUAGUUGAUGCAAGGAAAAUAGUGUAUACAAAGUCAGCUGGGGAUGAUACCCCAAAUGAUGUAAGAGGAGUACAAGAGUAUGAGCCACAGAGAGAAGAAGAUAGAAGAAAAACCAUAAAUAUGAAAUACAUAAUGUACCCCCAAAGCACUAAGGCAAAGGCAUUACCACUUCCACAUGUACUCUAUACUUCUAGGAGUUGUGACCCCCAAAUUAGAGAAGUACAGAUGAGCAUAAAAGAAAAAGUAAGAUACACACAAGAAAGAAGUGAGCUAGGUAAGAUUCUGACAAGACCCUCUCUGUCUCAAGUUAAAUUAAACAAAGGUAUAGAAGGCAAGGAAGAGAAACGAGUAACAGGACCCUUUCUUCCACCCUCAUGGCACAGGGAAUCAUCAAAUGCAGAGAAAUUAAGAUAUACAGUACCACUUUUGGAUGGUAUUUCAAACUAUUCAAAGAGAACAAAAUGCAUGACACAGAGAGAAGAGGAUAAAGCAAAUAAUUUUGAGAAAGAUAUAAUACAUCCCAAGUACAUAGGUUUGAAGGCAAAGAAAUCACCCCUUCUCCUUAUACUCAAAACAAAGAAAUUGCAAGUGAACAUGAAAGAACAAGAGAAAGUGGGACAAGAAGAUAGCAAGGAAACCAUUGUGCUUCUGAGCAAAAUUCAUCCUUGUGUCACUUCAACUCGUCUUAAGUGGAAUGCUAUAAAAGAUAAGGAGGGUGAGCCAGGAAUAAUAAGAAAUGAUGCACCGUAUAUUGAGCCCCAAGAAUCAUUGCCUUCAAUGGAAAUUGCAUCUACAGAGGUGCCCGAUAGCUAUGUGAAGAAAGGAGAACAACGUCCACAACAGGAAGAAAGGAACAGAGUACAAACCGAAGCCAGCUCAAGGCUGCUGAGGGAUACAGAUUUUAAGGCAAAGACAUCAUCACCUCCUCACACAUGCAGUGUCACUGAGCACGGUGAUUUGAACAAGAGAAAGGAACCCCAGUGGAGUAUGAAGGAGGAAGAAGAGGAGCAGCAGAGAACAGAAGACCCUGAUGUGGCUCUGACAAAAACUCCUCCUUCCACACCUUCACCAUCUUAUCACAGAUUGGACACUAGAACCAAAGUAGACAAAGACUUGCUUGCAGUUACAGGAUUCUCUCCUUCACAAUUGCUGUGCCCCAAGUCAUCAGGUGCAGGAAAAAUCAGAUAUGCAGACUCCAAUAAAGGUAUUAGCUCAUGUAAUGUAAUAAUAAAAGCUUAUCAAUGUAUGCCAUAUACUAAGGUAAAGGACAGAAAAAAAAUAAAAUAUGGAGAAGGCAUAAUAUUCCCCCAAAUAAUCACCUUGCCAGCAGAGACAUCCCCACUUCCACAUCUACCCAGUAGAAAGAGACUACCUUUGAAUAUUAAAGAGCAAGGGAAAGGAGUGCCAAAAGGCAAAAGUGAACUGAAGGAAACCUAUGCCUGCUUACCUUCUUCAUCUUACCUGAAAUGGGACACAAGAAUGUAUGAAAGGGAAGACACACUGAGGAUGACACAAUCCUGUUUUCCACCACCAAAGAUUCAGGAUCCAUCCAAUUCAGGCAAAAAAACAUAUACGAAGUCAUUUGAUGGUUAUGUGUUAAAAGAGAAGGGUAGACUCAAAACUGAUACUGAAAACAAAAUGGCCCGAAUACAUAUGGCUCUGAAGGCAAAGGAAUUACCACUUUCACUUAUGCUGAAUACCAAAAAAUUGCAGUGGAAAAUUAGAGAGCAAGAGAGAAAGGUGCAGAAAGAGAAAAAUGACACAGCUACAAAUCUGGAAAACAUUUGUACUUCUUUAUUUACUUUACCACAUCUUAAAUUCAGCUCAACAGAAGGAGAAAGGUACAUGAUAAGAAUUACAAAAAUGCCUCUCCCACAACUACAGUCUAAGGAAUCACCAGAUGCAGUGAAAACAACAUAUGCAGAAACAACUGAUACAGAACUUUCAAAUGGUGUAAAACAAUUAAAAGAACACACAUUACAGGAAGAACCGAAGGAUAGAGAGAAAAACAUGGAUGUAAAUAGUCUAGUAGAUCCCACUGAUAGGUAUUUAAAAGCAAAGAAAUUACCUAAUUUACUUAGAUACAAUCUAAAUGACCUUCAGUGGAAAACUAAAGAGCAAGAGGGAACAGCUCAGGAAGUUCAGCAUAAGCCAUGUGGUACAAUGCUGACUAAGACUUGUAUUUGCAGGUCUCCCCUACUUCACUUCAGCACGAAUACCAGAGACAAGGAAAAGAGAAUGCCAAUAUUAGCGAGAUCCUCUUUGUCCUCAGUCAGCUUCCAGGAAUCAUCAGAUUCUGAGGACAUGGAAUAUAUAGAGCCGAUUGCCAGUGAUAUUUUAAUCAUCCCACAAAAAGGAAAAUAUCAUAUGCCCCAGAACAAGGAAGAGAAUGGAGUAGAAAUAGUAAACCUCAUGCUCCCCAAACAUCAAGAAAAGAAGAUGCAGGAAAGUGAAGAUGAAUCAGAUGUGGUUGUGGCCAAGUCUUCCUCUCCAUUACCAUCUCUCCCUCGCCUGCAGUUGGAUAAAGAAAUACAGGUAGAUGAUGAAAUUCUAGGACCUACAAGGUCUAUUGUGCAGAGAGUAUCCAAUGUUGGGGAAAUAGUGCAUACAGAAGCAAUCAAUGAUCAUGUCAUGAAAGACAGUGAAAACAGGAAACAACAUGAGCCUCAGGAAGAGGAGCAGGACAGAGAAAAAACAAUAGAUAGAAAUAUGAUGCACACCACAGAUAUAAGUUUGAAGUCCAGGAAAUCACCUCCUUCCCUUAUGCUCUACAGAACAGAAUUGCAUCUGAACAUUGUAGGGCAAGAACAAAAGAAACAUGAAUGUCCAGGUAAACCACUCGGUACUGUGCUAAGAAAACUUUAUGUUUCCAAACCUCCAGCUAAGCUUACAUUGGAAAAAGGUACACAAGUAAAUGAAGAAAGGCUUAGAAUUGAAAGACCCUCUCGACUUCCACAAAUAUUUUCAGCAGUAUCAGAUACAGGGAAGAGAGCAGAUACAGAAGCAAUUUGUGACCUAAGAGAAAAAAAACAACAUAUGUCACAGAAAGAAAAAAAGCAUGAAGUGAAAACAGUAGAUAUGAGGAUCAGGAUGGAUCACAAAGAGGCCAGGAUUUCAUCAAUUUCACAUAUCUUUGACACAAAGGAAUUUGUGUUGAAUAUUAAAGAACUAAAGGGAAAAAUGUACAAAGGUAAAGAUGUAGUUCUGACAAGGACUUUUCUUUCUGCCCCAUCAGCUCCUCCCCUUUAUCUAGACUCAAGGAGCAAAAGAGACAAAGAUAUAUCAGGAGUUACAGGAUCCUCUCCUCCACAGCAAAAUUUCCAGGAAUCAUCAGAUACCCAAAAAAUGUCAAUUACAGAGGUAGUUGCUGGUAAUAGUGAAAUCAUCGUUAAAAAAUCAGAACACUCUGUGCCGCAAGAAGAGACAGUGCAACAGUGGACCUCAAACUUCAUGAUCAGUGUACAGCGAAGGAAUGAACCUCCACGAGUCAAAUCAGAAGGAGAUUUGAGUCAGUUAGUUUUAAAUUCACAGCCUGAGGACGUUUAUUUAACAGGAUUUGGCACCAUAAGAGGGAAAAGGUUGGAAUAUUUCUUUACAGGGCAAGAGGUUCAGCCAGAUAAAUAUAAAACAGAAACUUUCACUACAUUUCUUUCCUACCCCACAAUGGAUCCAGCUAAAAUCAAGAAUCUGAAGAAACAAACUGAAAUAAUGGAUAGCUUAAACCACAAAAUGAGUCCUAAGGUUUUAGUUUCGCCACCACAGAAAAUAUCUAAGGAAAUAUAUGUCACGUUUGGUCCUCCUGCAAGUACAAAUGGAUUUUCUGUUUCAGAGCAAGGUGCCCACCAGCAAAAAACUUUAUCAAAAGCAUCUCCAGGAUCUGCAGAUUCAUAUAAAUUUGAUAAGCCUGAGGGAGAUGUACACGAUAAAGAUAAAAUGAGCAAAAUACCCUCCCCCAAAGUGUUAGCCCCACAGACAAAGGGAUCACUUGAGAAAAUGAAUAUCACAGGGUCAGAUACCGCCCCAAUUAUAGAGGAACAAGAGAUUGUCAUGAAAAAGCAAGUGGUGCUACAGUCUGAAAGUGGACAGAAGACCUGGCUGGACUCCAGCUUUUCUCUUAAGUUCCCACUUCAAAAUGAAAGGCAAAAGACACCAUUGGAAAUAGAUGUACACAAACAAAGUACAGUGUACCCCAGAAUACAAAUACUACCAGGAAUCCACAUGGAUAUUACAGUGUUUGAUACCAUAGGAGGGGAAAAAAAGCAGACAUUGCCAGUUCCAGAACAAGAGGAAUGUAUUCUAGAAUCACUUCAAAAGUCUCUUUCUUCCCACUGGACUUUUCCACUUCAAUCUGGAGGUCUAGAGGGAAAAAAUAAAACUGAUACAAGCACUACUAUAAAUCUGGAGCAAAAAACAUUAGAGAUGGAAGAAGGGGAAUUAAAAAUAGACAGAAACAUAGCUAUCUGUCUGGGAGAGGACAAAACAGAAAUGCACAAGCACACCAUGGUCAACCUGGAGGAGAAUAAGAAAAGGGACACAAGCAAUACCAUAGACAUGAACAUUCCAUCUCUAAAGGCACAGAAAUCUCAAAUUAACACUCAGAUGAUGACUCAUACAGCAAGCAGCUACCCAAUCAAGCAAAAGCAUAAAAAGAAACUAGAAGUCUCUGGUGCAAAACAAAAUAUUCAGCCACAGAAAUUGUUUCAAAAACAUGUUCUGGAUUCAUUUUAUGCCUAUAUUCCUCUUUCUCUCAAAUUAGAAGGCUGGAAAGGCAGAUUAACAGUAACGGAUUUGAAAAGAGAAUUGAGCCCCAAAUAUUUAACUAUGAAAAUCCCAAAUCAUCCAAUUUCACAGAUUCUUAACAACACAGGACGUGGCACCCCAAGCAAUAGAAAGAAAUUAGAAUAUGACUUUAAGAAACCAAAGAAGACAAUUUUGUGCAGUAAAGAUGCCUCAGGAACAUUUAUCAGAAAUCUCUCUAUUUCCACGAUGAGUUCAUCUCAGACUGAAGAAAUAGCAGACUUUGAGACAAACCUAGAAAGAGAAAAGAUAUCCUGUCUUUCUGAAUUCCAGAAGAAAUCACCAAACAGUAAGAAAAAGAGCUCAAGCGCUGUAAAGGAAGGGAACCAGAAUUUCAUAAACACAGUUCCACCAGAUUCCCAGCCUUUUUUGGUGUUGGACAAACAACAAAUGCAAAAACUUCCCAGUGUCAAAUCAGAAGCAAACCUCAGCUGUGAAACAAAUGAAAAAAUUUUAAUUCCACAAACAAAAGAAGAAAGGGUUGUUCCAGGGCAUGCUAGCUCAAGCAUCAUAAAAGAACCUGACUUGCUUAUGACUGAGGAGGAAGAAAAGGCACCAAAACCCAUUCUGACACCCACAGAGUAUCCACUUAUGUCUGACUAUCCCAAGGACAAUUGUACCUCAUCCCCUGACCAGGGGGAGAAGAGUGAACCCAUCCAGGACACAACCACACAAAAGGUCCAGCAACAAAAGACUUUUCUAGGAACAGUGCCGAUACCAUCUCAAGUUAAAAGUAAUGAAAUAAAAGUAGUGGCACAUAGUACAAGUGCAGAAAGUUCACUUCCCCUUUGUGAAGCAACUAAGAAUAUCUUUGAAUCCCAGAUAAAAAAUAUAAUCCAUGACAAAAUUUGUGAGGAUAUACUGAAAAAAGUGAAAGACCAUAAACCUAAUGAUUGGAAGUCACUGCCUUGUGCAGGGAGUCCAGAAACAACAUCCACAAUGAUACCUCCCAAAAUGCAGUCAAAACCCAUUUUAGAACGUUUUACUCCCAAAGAGAAUGGUAGGCUCACUAAUCAUUUAGAGUCAAAAGCAUUUGAAAUCAAACUGAAUCUGAUACCAGAGAUGGCAAAACACUCCUUCCAAAGGUUCGACUUUUAUCUAAAACAGUCUAUUUCAGAAGAUAACAGUUGGAGGCCAUAUCCAAGACAUAAAAAAGUUUGCUUUUUGUCUCUAGAAGGGAUUGAUACUAUAGAACUGAACUUCAAACAGAAAUAUGCCAAGGAUUCACCUCCUGUCAGCUCUUUGAAGACAUUGAUUGUCAAUGUUUCAAGUGACAGUGAAGAGAUCAUUACAAAGUUAAAGAGUACUGGUAAGCUAGAAGAAAGGGGAGUGUCUUCAGUGACUUCUGCUAAGCAGAUGCUAUUGCCACAUGUUCUCCAAAACUACUCAGUAGAGGAAAAAGACAAACUGCUCAUACACUUUUCUAUGAAGACAUUGGAGAUUCGAAUGAAAGCCUUUCCCAGAAUUGUAAGAGAAUCGUAUGCAAUGUCCAAUCCUCAGAAUAUAAGGAAACCUUUAUCUAAAUGUAUUCAUUCUGGUAUCAAAGUACCAAAGCGAAAAAACAGAGUUUUGUUAAUUUUUGAGGAAAAAUCUCUUCAUCAAAUAGAUCUUGAUUUACAAUACAAAUACCUUCGUUUUCUCCUGGGGCUUCCAGUCAAAAGUAUAUUCCCUAAACCAACUGCACUUCCCAAACAUAUUCUCAAGUUAAACACAGUUGCAAUAUGUGAAAACAUAGAUUACAGAGGAGAAAACAGUGAUGAUCUUUGCAUUGACAUGGAGCUGUUAGAACAGCACAUCUCUUUCAAAAAGGAAAGUCCUCAUGAAAACUCGUCAUUGAUGAGAAAAUUCCUGGAACCAAUCCAGGUGUGUGCUUCUGACCCUGAUCAACAGGGCACAGGGCAGAAAGACACUACAGCUCUUUCAGAGUUAAAAUCUCACGUGACUCCAGGAAAAGAUAAACAAUGUCAUGUAUGGUUUCAAGAAACAGAUGCAGACAAAGCUUUUGAUUCAAAGGCUCAGGAAAGUGCUCCCAGUUUAGUAGAUUCCCAUUCAACUCAGCUUUCUGAAGAUUUUACUGGGAGUCAGACAAAUAUUGAAAGUUCAGCCAACAUGGAGGAAUGCUCAGCUCCUGAAGCACAAGAGAGUGAAGAAUGUUUGUUUUUAGAAGCCAACCCUUACUUAAGUCAGGAAUCACAAAACAUUCUCUUUGAAUUGCAGAAAGGCAUUCCUUUGGGAAAUCUCUAUAAGAUGGAAAAAAGCAAAACUGUUUUGAAACCAUUGUACAGGGAAGAUUCAGGUUCCCAUCAUACUAGAGGCUGUAGAAAACAUUCCUCCAUUGUUACACCUUCCUAUGAAUCCCACAAAGGCAGGAAAUACAGCUCAUCCUCUAAGAUGCCAUCUCCUGACUGGUUGUACCACAGUUCAUUAAAUGCUGUGGAGGUUCCGUCUAGAUCAUCAUCCAUCCCAUCUGGUGAAGGGAAGACUUCAUGGACUGCCAGGUACAGAACCAGCCAUUCUUUAGCUCCCUUAACGGAAUCAAAUGUCAAACUACAUCUUGCAAAAAGGCAAGGUAAAUCUCACAGGCAUCUGGAGAGCAAAGAAAGAAAGAAGGCCAAAUCUGACUUAUGUAGAAAGAACAACAUUCAUUGGGACUGUGAUUACAGUUAUACACAGAAUAAAGAGAAAUGCACAAGAAAGAAGAAGGUAUGUCAUUAUGAGUCAGAAAGGUCAAGUUACUUCCCAGGCCGACUUGAGUUAUCAAAGCCUUAUCAAGAGGAUAUCAGCUUCCAUUUUGAAAGAAAACAAAACCAGCCAUUUUUUUAUGCCUGUAUACCAGCAGAUUCACUGGAGAUUAUACCCCAAACUGUUCGCUGGACUAUUCCCCCAAGAACUUUAAGGAAGACAAACUUCAGAGUUCCUCUGGUGGCAAAGAUUUCAAGUUCUUUCGAUAUAUGGACUUCAUCCAAAAAGUUCUUGGAGUCCCUCUUGGGGUCCUUCAGUCCAGUUAAUUCAAAUUGAUAUGAGCAUAUGUAGAUUCAUCUGAAGUAGAAAGCUGGUUCCUAUUGUGGUAUUCUGUGAAAAAUAAAAUCAGAUAAAGUCAAA